GCCAUAAGGAAAAAAUGGGGACUGUGGAGAAACAUAAAAGAUACCAUGUUUUGUUUACUUUGCAGAGUUAAAAAUUCUCCUCUCAAGCAGUCUCCAGGCUACCAAAUUGAGCUAGUUAUCCAGCUAGUGUGGGUGAGUGGAGAACCUCCUCAACAGAUAACCAGCUUAGCAGUCAACUCAGCGUAUGGCCUAGUAGUUUUUGGAAACUGUAAUGGUAUUGCCAUGGUUGAUUACCUCCAGAAGACAGUGCUCUUGAAUCUAGGCACUAUUGAACUGUAUGGCUCCAAUGAUCCUUAUCGCAGGGAGCCACGAUCUCCCCGAAAAACUCGGCAACCAUCUGGAGGUCUUUGUGAUAUUAAUGAAGGUACAACGGUGCCAGAAGAUCGCUGCAAAUCACCCACUUCAGGUUCUGGUUCACCAAACAAUUCUGAUGAUGAUCAAAAAAUGAAUAAUUUUAUAGAAAAGGUGAAGACCAAAAGCAGAAAGUUUUCCAAGAUGGUAGCCAAUGACAUAGCAAAGAUGUCCAGGAAGCUAAGUUUGCCAACUGAGUUAAAGCCUGAUUUAGAUGUCAAAGACAACUCUUUUAGUCGGUCCCGGAGUUCUAGUGUAACUAGCAUUGAUAAAGAGUCACGCGAGGCAAUUUCAGCUCUUCAUUUUUGUGAGACUUUCACAAGAAAGGCCGAUACAUCACCUUCCCCAUGCCUGUGGGUUGGGACCACACUGGGUACAGUGCUUGUCAUUGCACUGAACUUACCCCCAGGAGGAGAGCAAAGACUUCUUCAGCCAGUAAUUGUUUCUCCUAGUGGAACCAUCCUGAGGCUAAAAGGGGCAAUCUUGAGAAUGGCUUUUCUGGAUACCACGGGAGCUUUGGUCCCACCAGCACAUGAACCCUGGAGAGAACACAAUGUUCCUGAAGAUAAAGAUGAAAAAGAUAAAUCGAAAAAGCGACGACCUGUCUCAGUGUCCCCCUCUUCCUCUCAGGAAAUCAGUGAAAACCAAUAUGCAGUGAUUUGUUCAGAAAAGCAAGCAAAAGUCAUCUCACUGCCAUCCCAGAACUGUAUUUAUAAGCAAAACAUAACAGAGACUUCUUUUGUUCUUCGUGGAGAUAUAGUGUCAUUGAGUAACAGUAUCUGCCUUGCAUGUUUCUGUGCUAAUGGACAUAUUAUGACUUUUAGUUUGCCAAGUUUAAGGCCAUUGUUGGAUGUAUAUUACCUGCCACUCACCAAUAUGCGGAUAGCCAGAACAUUCUGCUUCACCAAUAAUGGACAAGCACUCUAUCUUGUCUCACCAACUGAAAUACAGAGGCUCACCUACAGUCAAGAAACAUGUGAAAAUCUUCAGGAAAUGCUGGGUGAGCUCUUCACUCCCGUAGAAACACCAGAAGCACCAAACAGGGGGUUCUUUAAAGGCCUGUUCGGAGGUGGGGCACAGUCACUUGACAGAGAAGAGCUCUUUGGAGAAUCGGCAUCUGGGAAGGCAUCAAGAAGUCUUGCCCAGCAUAUUCCAGGGCCUGGGGGUAUUGAAGGUGUCAAAGGAGCAGCAUCUGGUGUAGUCGGUGAACUAGCACGAGCUCGGUUGGCCCUAGAUGAAAGAGGACAGAAACUAGGAGAACUGGAAGAAAAAACUGCAGCUAUGCUUUACAGUGCUGAUUCUUUCUCUAAACAUGCUCAUGAGAUGAUGUUGAAGUACAAAGACAAGAAGUGGUACCAAUUCUGAUGACGCUCAUCAAUUACAUCUGUUUAAUUUUGUCCUGAUGAAAAAAAUCUUGUUUUUUCAUUAAUUUUGCCAGGACCACUGAAAUUUAAAGGAGUAUUCACCAUUGGAUACUGUUGUUUCCUAGCACAAAUCACACACUGUUUUACCUCAGUCCUGGCUUUAACUGAGGAGCUUUAUAUUUAAAAGAAACACACACAAAAAAACCAAACUUGAGUGUUUCUUAGCUGUUGGUUAGCUUAGAGUUCCAACAGAGAAGGUAACUAGAACAUGUG